CGGCGCCGAACGAGCGGAGCCGAGGAUGGCUGCGCCGGGCCCCUUCCCGCUGCUGGUCGAAGGGUCCUGGGGUCCCGACCCCCCGAAGAACUUGGUCACCAAGUUGCAGAUGUACUUCCAGAGCCCGAGGAGAUCGGGAGGCGGGGAGUGUGAGGUCCGCCAGCAGCCGGGCAGCCCGCCCCGCUUCCUGGUGCUCUUCUCCCCGGAGGACGUUCGGCAGAAAGUUCUGGAGAGAGAGAACCACGAGUUAGUGUGGCCAGGAAAAGGAACAUUCAAGUUAACUGUCCAGUUGCCCACAGUCCCAAAUGAUGUCUUUGAGGGGAAAGUUCCAACAGAGGAAUCCAAGACCAAAGAACAUGUCAAAGAACCAGGUGAGGUCUCAUUUGAGAUGACUGGCCUUUACCAGGAAGUUUCGUUUUUAUUAAAGAUGGCAAUGGUAGACACCAUCAUGACCAAGAAACUUGACCUCAAUAAUAUGCCGCUGUCUGUGUUCCCAUAUUAUACAUCUUUGGGCACAGCCUUGUAUGGAAAGGAGAAGCCUCUGAUCAAGCUUCCAGCCCCAUUCCGAGAAUCCUUGGAUCUUCCCUUAUGGAAGUUCUUGCAGAAAAAGAAUCACCUGAUUGAGGAGAUAAAUGAUGAAGUGAGACGUUGUCACUGUGAGCUAACAUGGUCCCAACUCAGUGGUGAAGUUACCAUCAGACCUGCAGCCACCUUAGUCAACCAAGGAAGACGAAGAAUCAAGACCUGGCAGAAAGAUGCUUCCACAGCAUUCUCUGGCAUCAGGUCUAAAUAUACAGUUACUCUAUUUAAAGUGGAUCCAAUAGUGUGGGACGCCAUAAAAAAUGAUUUAGAAGAUGAUAGGAUUUUGUUGGAGUUUGAUACAAGUAUGGGGAUUGUAACCUUAGUGGGGAAAUCAGAGGAUAUACAAAACAUUGAGCCACACGUCAAGGAAUUAAUAGAAAGCACCACUGAAAAAAUUAAAAGAGAAGAGCAAAGUCUGAAGGAAAAAGUGGCCAUUUCUCCAGGAAGGUAUUCUCUUCUGUGCCACAGUGGUGUCCAGGAGCGUCUCCGCAUGGAGUGCCCAGAGAUGGAGAUGGCUUAUGAUAAAGCCACUCAAUGCUUGUGCUUGAAAGGACUCAGAGCAGAUGUGUAUAAAGUGAAGUGUGAACUCCAGGAAACGGUGUACACCAUGGCUGAGAAAAACAUUCAGUUUCCCGCUGAGGUUUUCCAGUUUUUGCAACAGGUAGACUGUGCAGAAUUCUCUGAGUCUCUUUUUAUAGCACAGAAAAUUCUUGCCGUUUAUGAGCUAGACGGCACAGCUGUUCUCUUAAGCAGCUGUUCUUCUGAAGUUCUGUUAGAAGCUGAAAAGCAGAUGGUCAGUGCCUUACUUUAUAAGCACAUUGAUGUCGAGGACAGGGAAGUUCUUAAUCACAAGAAAUGGAAAGAACUCACUCGCAAUUUGCAUAAGAAACAUAAUUCAUCCUCAAAGACGGUAAUAAUCAGUGAGUUAAUUUCAGAAACCACAGCUGAGGUCAUCAUCGCAGGCUGUGUGAGAGAAGUCAAUGAAGUCCAUGGCUUGCUUUCUAACUUCGUGGAAAAACACACGAAAAUAGAGAGAUUUAUUGAAGUAAAACUGUCCUUGGUUGUUGAUUAUUUAAGGGCACAAAAGAAGCCAGUCUGGCAAAAGCUAAAGAGGGAAAAUGUGCAGGUAACUUUCAAUCCUGAGAACAAACAAAAAGGCAUUUUACUAACUGGCCCAAAGGCAGAAGUCCUAGAGGGAAUGAACAUGGUCAAGAAUGCCCGGGACUCAGCCUGUGUUAAAAGCAUCCAUAUCAAUAAGCCAGGAGCCAGCAAGGUGUUCCAGGAGAGAGCACGGUACUGUAAAAGUGAGGUCAAACGGUUGUUUGGUUGUUUUAUUGCACUACAGAAGAAUGAGGAAAAGGAGGGAGGCAGCAAUGAUAGGCAGAGGUGCUUCUCUCGGACAGACGUGGCCCCUGGGGUCUCGCUGAUUGUGCAGCAGGGCGACUUGACACGGUUUCCUGUUGAAGUGGUGGUGAACGCAGCAAACGAGGACCUCAAACUCAGCGGCGGCCUGGCUGCUGCUCUUUUAAAAGCAGCUGGUCCUGAGCUCCAAGCAGACUGUGACCAGAUAGUGAAGAGAAAGGGCAAGAUCCAAGCUGGCGAUGCCACCAUCUCGAAAGCAGGAAAGCUCCCAUACCACCAUGUGAUCCACGCAGUGGGGCCCCGGUGGAACAGAGAUGAGGCCCAGAGGUGUGUGGGCCAGUUAAAGAGAGCUGUGAAAGAAAGUCUCCGUUUGGCUGAAGACCACAAGUGCCAGUCCAUAGCCAUCCCUGCUGUUAGUUCCGGAAUCUUGGGCUUUCCCUUACUCCAGUGUGUGGAGACCAUUGUUUUGGCUGUCAAGGAACACCUCCGGGAUAACUGGGAUGGACGCACCUUGAAAGAGAUUUACCUGGUGGAUACAGCUGAGAAGACUGUUGAGGCCUUCGCUGAAGCUGUGAAAGUUAUGUUUAAAAACACCCUGCCUGGUACUGCUUCCCUGCCCAGUGUUCCAGCAGCAGUCCAGCCCAGCUUGAGAAAAGAUCAUGGAAAUGGACAAGUUCUGUUGUCCCCAGGAGGCCUGAGGAUCCUGCUGGUGAAAGAAGAUGUGCAGAAUGCAACGACUGAUGUUGUUGUCAACUCCAUUCCCUCGGAUCUCGCGCUUAAUAAAGGGCCCCUUUCUCGGGCCCUCUUGGAUAAAGCUGGGCCACAGCUCCAGGAGGAAUUGAACACAGCCGGACAAGGGAUGACCAUUAGCGUGGGCACGAUUCUCCAAACCAGUGGUUGCAAUCUGCAUUGCCACCGUGUGCUUCAUGUGGUGGCUCCGGACUGGAGUAAUGGCAGCGUGUCUUCACAGGAGAUCAUGAAAGACAUAAUCAGAGAAUGUUUGGAAAUCACCGAGAGCUUGUCCUUGAAAUCAAUUGCAUUUCCAGCAAUAGGAACAGGAAAUUUGGGGUUUCCUAAAACCAUUUUUGCUGAGUUAAUCAUUUCAGAAGUGUUCAAAUUUCGUAGCAAGAAUCAACCGACAACUUUACAAGAAGUCCACUUUCUGCUGCACCCGAAUGAUCUUGGAAAUAUUCAGGCAUUUUCAGAUGAAUUUGCCAGAAUGGCUAAUGGAAAUGUCGUCAGUGACAAAAUUCCCAAGGCUGAAGAUACACAAGGUUUCUAUGGGACUCUUUCCAGCCCUGUUUUAGGAGUGCAUGAAAUGAAGAUUGGUCCCAUCAUCUUCCAGGUGGCCUCUGGAGAUAUCACCAAAGAAGAGGCAGAUGUGAUUGUAAAUUCAACAUCAAACACAUUUAAUCUCAAAGCAGGUACUUUACUUAUAUUUGCCUUUCCAGGAAAUGCCAAACAAGACCCGGAUAAGGUUGCUGGAGCCAUAAUUGAUGCCAUUGAAGACUUUAUACAUAAAGGAUCGGUCCAGUCCGUGAAAAAAGUUAAAGUUGUUAUCUUUCUGCCUCAAGUACUGGAGGUGUUUUAUGCCAACAUGAAAAAAAGAGUAAGAUCUCAGGAUUCUGUCCAACAGUCUGUGAUAUCUAAACUUGCAUCAUAUUUGGGCUUCUUAAAGCAAUCUCCCAAAAAACAGAAACCUUUGGUUUUGGAAAAGAAAACAGAAUCAGCAGUUUUUCAGGUGUGUGGUGAAAAUGUAAAAUGUGUGGACAACGCCCUCUCCUGGAUACGGGAUCUGAUUGAAAAGGAACAGUCUCAUUACACCAGUGAAGAUGAAUGUAUCAAAUACUUUUAUGAAAAGGAAUAUGGGGAAUUGAAUGAACUGCAGAAGAAAUUAUACAUUACCAUUUCCUUGGACGAUAAAAGACCUUUGAUUGAGGUUUUGGGAAUGAACAGAGAUGUGACACAGGCUAGAGAUGCAAUUGAGGAAAUGAUCAAGAGGGUCAGGGUGCACAAAGAACAGGAAUCCCGGGCAGAUUCUCUCAGUAAAUGUAUAGAAUGGCAAUAUAACGACAAUAACACUUUUCAUCCUGUUGACAAAAUGACCAAUCUGCAAUUGGAGGAUGCAAGGAAAGCAAAGAAAAAGGCAAUUAGUGUCAAAAUUAAUCAUCAGAGCUACACAGUGGAUUUCAACACACACACUGCUACAAAUACAAAUGGACACCAAUUAUCUGUUCGGCGCCUUAUGAAAUCUGAAGCUGAGAUCCCUGCGCACUGGAGUGCUAUGAAGCAGCAGAAGGUCUGUGUGGUUGAGCUGCAGCCUGGUGAUCCAGAAUACAACACUGUGGCAAGCAAGUUUAAUCAGACCUGCUCCAACUUCACCAUAGAGAAGAUUGAGAGGAUCCAGAAUCCAGAUCUCUGGAAUAGCUACCAGACAAUGAAAACUACCAUGGACGCCAAGAAUGGCCAUGUCACAAAUGAGAAGCAGCUCUUCCAUGGGACAGAUGCUGACUCACUGCCACAUGUAAACCAAAAUGGCUUUAACCGCAAUUAUGCUGGAAAGAAUGCUGCGGCAUUUGGAAAGGGAACCUAUUUUGCUGUCAAUGCCAGUUAUUCAGCCCAUAAUACUUACUCCAGACCAGACAGAAAUGGGAAAAAGCAUAUGUAUUAUGUGUGAGUACUUACUGGAGUCUACACAAGUGGACAUCAGGGAUUACUUGUGCCUCCUCCAAAGAACCCUCAAAAUCCUACUGACCUGUAUGACACUGUCACAGAUCAUGUGCAAAAUCCAAGUUUAUUUGUGGUAUUUUAGCUACCAGGCUUACCAGCGUACCUCAUUACUUUUAGACAAUAACAUUUUGGUAUCCUUCACAGAAGACGUAUUCAUCUAUACAUAUCUAGUUGUAAAACAAGUUUUAGAUUUUUUUUCUCUUAACAGCUUUUUCUAAGAUCCAAGGAUCCUUGGCACUGAAAUCCAACUUUCUUCAGCUUCUAUUUCAUAACUGGAAAGGACCUAUCUUGAGAGCAAUAAAUUUGAGAAUUUAAAUCAGAUAACUUAGUUACAACUGUGUGUCCACAACUGUGGACGUCACAUUGUAGAUGAACAGGCUUGUAUUUGCAGGAAGGAGAGAAUAGCAUUCAUCUUAAAAGCAGAGAGCACAGCCAUGCAAUUUCAGCUGCUGCUGAACGAGACAGCUGGCAUCACAC